UCUAGCUCCUAUUCGCAAUUCUGGCAACGCUACGACUCUUGAAAUUUUCUCGAUCGAUCGGCUUUAUGAUACAUAAUUUUUGCGGUCAAGAAAUUUUUCAGUAUUUCGUUAAUAAACCUUGAUUAAACCAUAAAAUUUUAUAAAUAACUAGCGCAGAUCAAUCGGAAACAAUGGCUGACAUAAAAUCUGUUUUCCACGAGUGGUGUUCAAAGACCAAAGUGGAUCCAAAAUUUGAAGUUCGCCAGACUGGUCCAAAGCAUCGCCAACGAUUUCUCUGUGAAGUGCGUGUGCCAAAUUAUCCUUACGUGGCGGCCGGUAAUUCCACCAAUAAAAAAGAUGCCGAACGCAAUGCAGCUCGUGAUUUUAUGAGCUUCUUGAUACGUACCGGAAAAGUUAACGCGGCUGAUAUACCUGCAGACUCUGGUUUAGCAGCUAUUGCGCCAGCAUCUAGUGUAGGAAACGACGGUGGCGGUGAUAGAUAUGGUUCGCAACGUAAAUUUUUUGAUGGCGGCUUGGGGCCGCAGGAUCUUGGUCAAGCUUAUCGGCCGGUUGAGCGUGAAAUCAAUCCCGUCGAUAGAGCACGUGAGCAGAUGGAAAUGAAGGAAGCUGAGUCAGUUGAUGUUAAUGCCGCGAUACAUGGAAACUGGACAAUUGAGAAUGCCAAGGCAAAGCUACAUCAGUUUAUGCAAAUGAAUAAAAUAACCGCAGACUAUAAGUAUACGCCAGUAGGCCCCGAUCAUGCCAGGAGUUUCAUGGCUGAGAUGCAUAUUUUCGUACGUCAAUUAAAGCGUACGGUUACAGCACGUGAGACGGGGUCCAACAAACAAUCGGCAAGUAAAUCUUGCGCCUUGUCGUUGGUGCGGCAACUUUACCAUUUGGGUGUAAUCGAAGCAUUUAGUGGCACACUAAAGCAACGAAAAGACGAUGAAGACAUGAAGCCAUAUCCCGUAAAAAUUUCGGAAGAUCUCAUUCAGAGAGUUAAUGAAUGCAUCCAAGAUCUCGAUCUUCCAGUUAUUAAUCCAUUUAAUAUAAAACCAGAAGGCGAGAAUGCUGGCGUAAGCUUACUUGUGCCCACUCACAGAGAUGUGAAACGCCAAGCAAAUGAUGAUGGAAUGCAGAUGCAAGGUUCUGUUAUACCUUGGGCUCCACCACAGCCAAAUUGGAAUGCAUGGAAUGCAUGCAAUAUCGACGAAGGUUAUCUGGCCACAGCAUCUUUGGAGGACCUUUGCAACGAUCUCGAAGUUACAUCUAAAGAUAAGAAAAUGAAUAAUACCGAACUUCAGAAGUUUAUUGACUUCCGUGAGCGCUUACCGAUCGCUGCGAUGCGCAAUGAAAUAAUGUCGCACAUACAUGAGCAUCCUGUUGUUAUCAUACGCGGCAACACUGGUUGCGGCAAAACCACACAAAUUGCUCAAUAUAUUCUAGAGGAUUACAUUGCAUCAGGUCAAGGCGCCUUUUGCAAUAUCUAUGUAACCCAGCCACGCCGCAUAUCAGCGAUUUCAGUGGCAGAACGUGUUGCCGCCGAGCGGUGCGAAAAUCUUGGCGAAUCUGUCGGUUAUUCUGUUCGCUUCGAAACGGCUACACCGCGCCCUUAUGGAGCUAUACUCUUUUGCACUGUUGGUGUGCUUUUGCGCAAACUCGAAGGCGGCUUGCGUGGCAUUUCGCACAUUAUUGUAGAUGAAAUCCACGAACGUGACGUAAAUAGUGAUUUCUUGUUGGUUAUUCUACGUGAUAUGGUGCAUACUUACCCCGAUCUACAUAUUAUACUAAUGUCUGCUACGAUUGAUACAACGCUAUUUUCCGAUUACUUUGGUCGUUCUCCAGUUUUGGAAGUCCCUGGACGAGCCUUCCCAGUUCAACAAUUCUUUCUGGAAGAUUGCUUAGAAAUGACCAAGUUCAAGCCCACGCCUGAGUCUCGUAAGAAAACCAAAGAACGCGAUGAUGACGAGAAGGCUGUGAUUGCUGAAAAUGGGGAGGAUGCCAAUGAUCAGAAUCUGAACAAAAUUUGCGAUCCGAAAUACUCGCAGCAGACAAGAGAAGCUAUGGCAAUAUUGUCCGAGUCUGAAUGCUCGUUUGAGCUUAUUGAAGCUUUGUUGAUACACAUUAAAUCAAAGAAUGUACCAGGCGCUGUGCUUGUCUUUUUGCCUGGUUGGAACUUGAUUUUCGCCCUAAUGAAAUAUUUGCAGAAUUCACAGUUCGGAGGACCGCAGUAUCGCAUCUUACCAUGCCAUUCGCAAAUUCCGCGGGAGGAACAGAGAAAAGUUUUUGAACCAGUACAUGGCGUAACUAAGAUCAUUUUGUCCACUAAUAUCGCCGAAACAUCUAUCACCAUUGACGAUAUUGUCUUCGUAAUUGACAUUUGUAAAGCACGUAUGAAGAUGUUUACUUCACAUAACAAUUUGACUAGUUACGCUACCGUGUGGGCCGCAAAAUCAAACUUGGAACAACGCAAAGGUCGAGCUGGUCGCGUUCGUCCGGGUUUCUGUUUUACUCUCUGCUCACGAGCUCGUUUCGAGAAAUUAGAAGAAAGUAUGACACCGGAAAUAUUUCGCACUCCAUUGCAUGAAUUGGCUCUUUCGAUUAAGCUUUUGCGCCUAGGCUCCAUACAUCAAUUUCUAUCAAAGGCAUUGGAACCACCACCACUCGAUGCGGUAAUCGAGGCUGAGGUGCUUCUACGAGACAUGCGUUGCUUAGAUGAUAAUGAUGAGUUAACACCUGGUCGUAUUUUAGCUCGAUUGCCGAUUGAACCUCGAUUGGGUAAAAUGUUGAUAUUAGGAACGGUAUUCGGUUGCGGAGAUAUUUUGGCCAGCAUGGCAUCAUAUUCAAGUACUUUCUCCGAAAUAUUCGCAUUGGAUAUUGGCCAGCGACGUUUAGCAAAUCAUCAAAAGCAAUUGGGCGGACGUAAAUGUUCUGAUCACGUCGCCAUGAUUGUAGCCACACAAAUGUGGGAAGGUGCAAAGCAUCGUGGGGAAGAAGAAGAGAUAAGGUUUUGCGAAUGGAAAGGUUUACAGUUGUCAACUAUGCGAGUGAUGUCCGAAGCGAAAGGACAACUUCUGGACCUAUUGCAACAAACUGGGUUUCCAGAGGAGUCAAUGAUUUCACACAAAGUUGAUGCUAAUUCCGAUGAUCCUGUGCUGGAUAUGGCCACAGCUCUGCUCUGCUUAGGUCUUUAUCCAAAUGUGUGCGUACACAAGGAGAAACGUAAAGUUUUAACUACAGAAUCGAAAGCUGCUCUGCUGCACAAAACCUCGGUGAACUGUAGCAAUCUGGCGGUAACAUUCCCUUAUCCUCUUCGUUUUGGUGAGAAGAUACGAACUCGCGCCGUGUCCUGCAAACAAAUGACAAUGGUAGCUCCACUACACUUACUACUUUUCGGCUGUCGUAAGGUGGAUUAUGUUAAGGACAAUGUAAUACGUUUGGAUAAUUGGCUUAGCUUCGAAAUGGACCCUCAACAUGCUGCAAUGCUGGCGGCCCUAAAACCUGCUAUAGAAAAUUUGGUAACUAUAGCAUGCGAUAGCCCAGACGAAAUUAUGCAGCUUGAAGAGCCCCAAGCGAAGCUUGUGAGCGUUAUAAAAGAUGUGUGUGUUAUGAACGCAGGCGAUUUUGGUAUAUCAAGAGAGACUGGUGUAUUGCCGUUCCAAUCGCGUCAUGGUGGUGGUGGUGGCGGUGACGGUGGCCCACCAAGUAAACGGGGACGUUUUGAAGGAGUAAGCGGCGGCGGUGGUGGCUGGAACCGUGGUGGUGGAAAUUGGAGCAACGGUGGAGGUGGCGGUGGUAAUUGGGGACGUGGAGGCUUUGGACGAGGUGGUGGCGGCACGAAUCAAUGGGGCCGCUUUGGUGGUGGUGGCAGAGGCAGAUUUUAAAGAAAUUUAUAAAUACCAUAGAUUCCCAUUACAAUAUUUAAAUAUAUUAUCAUAUUUAAUUGCUAAUAAAUACUUAUACGCUACAGAA